AUGGCGCGGGGAGCGACGGACAGUGACAGGGGGGAGGAAGAGAGCCGCGCGGAAGGCAUUGAUGACCAAGUCGCUGAACGCGCGGAGGAGGAAGUCGCAGGCGACGACGACGACGACGUGAGCGACAGUGGCGACGACGUGGUGCUGCUAGGGUUCGUGCAAAAGCCGUCGCACGACUGGUCGCUCGAACGCCAUCGCUUCCCGAGCAAAGUCGGGGGCGCGCCGGCGUACCUGGACCCGCUCAACGUGCCGUCAGACGCCCUCCUCUGCCACUUCUGCUCCCAGCCCCUGCGAUUCCUGCUGCAGGUGUACGCGCCAGUGGACAGCGAGCCCUCUGCCUUCCACCGCACGCUCUUCCUCUUCGCCUGCCGCCACCCGCACUGCCUCACCCGCCACCAGCAGGAGCAGCAGCAGGCAGAGGUGGCCGACGGCAGAGCAAGGGAAAGGAGACGAAGCUGCCGCGCGCCAACCCCUUCUACGCCUUCACCCCGCCCCCCCCGGAUGCACCUGGGACACCACUCUCCCACCAAGGUCACUCCCCCCCCCUCAUCUCCCGCCAGUAACCCUGCAGCAACGCUCACCUUCAGCCAUGAUCCCGGUCAUCUGCCCUCCCCAUCAUCUGCCCUCCCCAUCAUCUGCCCUCCCCAUCAUCUGCCCUCCCCAUCAUCUGCCCUCCCCAUCAUCUGCCCUCCCCAUCAUCUGCCCUCCCCAUCAUCUGCCCUCCCCAUCAUCUGCCCUCCCCAUCAUCUGCCCUCCCCAUCAUCUGCCCUCCCCAUCAUCUGCCCUCCCCAUCAUCUGCCCUCCCCAUCAUCUGCCCUCCCCAUCAUCUGCCCUCCCCAUCAUCUGCCCUCCCCAUCAUCUGCCCUCCCCAUCAUCUGCCCUCCCCAUCAUCUGCCCUCCCCAUCAUCUGCCCUCCCCAUCAUCUCCCCUCCCCAUCAUCUCCCCUCCCCAUCAUCUCCCCUCCCCAUCAUCUCCCCUCCCCAUCAUCUGCCCUCCCCAUCAUCUGCCCUCCCCAUCAUCUGCCCUCCCCAUCAUCUGCCCUCCCCAUCAUCUGCCCUCCCCAUCAUCUCCCCUCCCCAUCAUCUGCCCUCCCCAUCAUCUCCCUCCCCAUCCCCAUCAUCUGCCCUCCCCAUCAUCUGCCCUCCCCAUCAUCUGCCCUCCCCAUCAUCUGCCCUCCCCAUCAUCUGCCCUCCCCAUCAUCUGCCCUCCCCAUCAUCUCCCCUCCCCAUCAUCUCCCCUCCCCAUCAUCUCCCCUCCCCAUCAUCUCCCCUCCCCAUCAUCUCCCCUCCCCAUCAUCUCCCCUCCCCAUCAUCUCCCCUCCCCAUCAUCUCCCCUCCCCAUCAUCUCCCCUCGUGGCUCAAGUCCCUUCCUCCCUCUCUCCACCCGCAGUGCCCAUGUGCGCGUGGUGUGGCACGUGGAGGGGCAGCAAGCGCUGUGGGGGGUGCAGGCAGGUGGCCUACUGCAGCAAGGACCACCAGGUUCGUACUGCAGCAAGGAGCACCAGCAGCGAGGAUACCUUCCGCGUCAGCAGAUGCUGAGUCAGCAGGGGGCGCAGGGAAUGACGUGUCAGCAGCGGAUUGGAGAGUGACGGUGCUGGACAGGGGAGGGUGGAAGGAGUGGGAGAUGGUGGUGGAGGAGGAGCCAGAGGAGGGCGAGGAGGACGAGGAGGGUGAGAACGGAGAGGAGGCAGGGAGAGAGGGGGGGAGUGAAGGGGAAAAGGGGCCUGGGGCGGGGGCCGGGGGGGCGGAGGUGCGGCGGCUAAUGAGGGAGUAUCGGGAGCGCACCAGGGCGGAGGGGCCCAUUGCUGCGAGCGAGCUGGAGGGCUUCGGAGAUGUGAGGCGCUCCUGUGAAGUGGGUGGCGUGGGGGACGGGGUGGCCGUGUGCAUGGGCUGGGCAUGGAGUGGGCAUGGCGUGGGCAUGGAGUGGGCAUGGGGUGGGCUUGCGCAUGGGGUGGGCGCAGGGGCGGAUGCAGAGAAGAAGCAAUGGGCCGCUUUCCAGGCUGUGAUUGCCAAGGCACCUGAACAAGUGAUCAGAUACUGCCGAUCAGCCACCGCCCGUCCGCUGUGGCCGCAGCUGCAGGGGCAGCCGCCCAGCCAGGCUGCCAUUCCCCCCUGUGGUGGCUGUGGUGCUCCCAGGAUAUUCGAGUUCCAGGUGCUCCCGCAAAUCAUCUACUACAGUGCGCCUGACGCCACUGCUGACUCAGCGCUCGACUUCGCCACACUGGCAGUCUACGUCUGCCCCAACUCCUGCUGCCGCUCUUCACCGCUCAGCACUGCACAGCAGAGCAGUGUCGCUGUUCCAAGAAGUGUGGAUUCAGGAGUUAAAGCAACAGCAGUGGGGGCAAGUGCAGAGGGAAGCAGCAGUGCAGCGGGCAGCAGAGAUGCAGGCAGUGGGGACGUGAAAGGCUGUGAGGUAGCAGGUCAGCGGGGGGGCUUGCAGGAGCAGAGCAUGGGGUAUGUGGAGGAGUUUGUGUGGGUGCAGCUGCCUACCCAAGACCCUCUUGUCAUUGCUCAAACUGAUUGA